AUGGAAACGAUUAGUUGUCUAAAUUGGUUUAAGAAUUUUGAAAAUUUUCGUCUUUUUAGUGAUGAUAAAAAAGUUAAAUCUAAUGAUCUAGAAGUAGUUUGUUUAUCCAAUUCAAACUUUGACGCUGGAUUGUCAUCAGAAUUAACUACAGUUGACAAUUGUGAAAGCAUCGACAACAUAUUCAACUAUUUUGAAUCACCAAAGUUAUCAAACCUGCUAAAAGUCAAUGAUAAAGUUUAUCUAUUCAAGCUACAAGUAAAAGAAGCAUUAAAUUCAGCAGAAUUAUGCAAACUGGCAAAUAAAUUCGUUAUCAAUUCUGUUGUUAUAUUGCUGUCCACAGAGAAAGAAACAAGAUUUUAUCUGUACUGGAAAUCCAACAAAAUUCAACAUUUUCUGAUAUUCAAAAUAUACAAAGGAUAUGACUUUAUGAAUAAUCUCCAACUGUUUGAAUUUAUUGCAACUUUUCUUGGAAAUUCAUUGCGAAGCGGACAUUUGGGACUUCACAAUCAAGUACAAAUCCAUCCAGAAUCUAAUUCAUAUGAAUUGCAUCUAUUAGCUGAUCAUCGAAACUACAACUUACUACUUAUUGCUGCAGAGAUGGGAAAUGCUUAUGUAGCAAAUUUCAUUUUGGACGGUGGAAUUAGCACAGAAGUAAAUGACAUGAAUGCUCAAACUUUGGCUUGGAAUGGACGACAUUUUGAAAUUAUUUUCGAACUUCUUAAGUCAAAUCAUAAAUUUCCAGAUUCAAUUAACAUUGAGGAGUGUCCAGAUAGCAUUAAGGAAUUUGCACAAAUCAGUCAUGAACUAAAUGAAGCAAUGAUAUUGAGGAAUACUGAAAGGAUGUUUGAAAUUGUGUCCAAUAAUCGAAAGAUGAAGCAUUUCUAUAAUUUAGAAAAUGAAUCAGCACUUGCAUUUGCAUUAAGGAACAAAUUAUUUGAUAUCUAUGGACUUCUUUUAUCCGAAAAUAUCAAGUUUGGUCCACAUGAAAAGUUCAGUGAGAUUAAAGACUCAAUGAGACAAAGUGACAAAGAGCAAUUACGGGAAAUUCAUUAUAAAGAAUCAAAGUUCUUACCUGAAAAUCACAUGCAUGUCUUGUUGUCAAAUUCUCGUCUUGGACAUGGCACAAUAGAAACUGAAAAGAAAUACGAAAUCAUCCAAAAAGCAUUUGAAGUUCUAAAUGAGAAUCCAUUAAUUCAAGUGAUAUUGAUGAUUGUUGCAGCAUCAAGGAACUUCCGAAUUAUCUUUGAUUUUAAUUGUGACUCAGUUGAGGUUAUGGAUCCAACAGCUAAUGAGACAACAAGAGGAUUAUUUUAUUCAACUGGCAGGAUUUAUGUUGCAGUCAAGAAGCUGCUGAAUGAAAGCACAAAAUAUGAUGCACUUGGGACAUUAGCCCAUGAAAUGUGUCACUAUGCUGUAAAUUUGGUUUAUAAGAACUUGGCUAAGCCUUACAGUCUUGGAGAUGAUGAAGCAAAAAUUGAAUUUGAGAAUAUUUUAACAUUAUGUAAAGAAAGUUGUAGUGAAGAGGAAAUUAUUGAGCUGGUCUUUAAUUGUUAUCCACAUAAUAUGCAGCAUGCAGAGCUCAUCGUUCGCGUUCCUCAUUUAAUAAUGCUGUAUUUUAAUGAUCAGAAUAAAUUUGAAGAAGUUCGAAAGAUUUUUAUCAAAUUAUUUGAAGUUUUUGAACAAAGAGUCAUACCAGACAUGAAGGAAGCACUGCCAAAUAUAGAAACAAAAGCUGAAUUUGAAGUGCAAACUAAGAAUAGGAAAAUCAGGAAUUUGAAGUUUAUUUCAAUUAUUGGAGGAUUAUUAGCAAUAAUUAUAAUAAUUUCUGGAUUCUUCAUCACUCGAUCGAUAUUUUACAAGCCAACUUAUAAGUUCUCUACUUUGUCUAAUUCUGAUAAGCUCAAAAUUGCAACAGCACCGAUUGACUAUAAAAAUGUAAGACUAGAGUUUUAUGAUUUAUUUCCAAAAAGUUCAAAAGUUUAUGAAAAGUUAACAUCUGAUCAUAUUUCAAACAUGCUAAAGGGGAACAAGCCACUAAAUUUAAGCGAUUCUAGUGCUUUUUAUUUCCAUAAUUUUAUUUAUCACAACUGGAAAAUCUUAUCAGAAAAUUUAAAGCAAAAAGUUUUAAAUUCAAAUUUUACAUUUCAAAAUCAAAGUAUUAAGUUUGAAGAUGUUAAUCAAGGAAUUUUGGAGUCACUUACGUCUGAACAAAUCAUUGACAUAUUAGAAAAUAAAACGUAUGUGGUUCGUGGAUAUGCAAUUGAUAGAACAAACACGUUCAUUGAAAGGAAAUUUUUUGAUUUGUUUAUGUAUGAAAUUUACUUCAAAUACAUGAUUUAUGUUAAUGGUGAACAAAUGAGGAAUGACAUGAAUUACUCAAUGAUAAAAAAUGAUACAUUUGAAGAUUUUUAUGAAAAAUUUUCUCGAAAAACUUUUAGCAAUCAAAUUAAAGAACUUGAUGUUAUUAUUGAUAAUGAAGCAUUCUUAGAGUCUAAAAAGUCUGAUUUCAAACUUACCGACGUACAUAAUUCGUCAAUAGUUGUUGACACUUUGUUUAGCCAUAAAUCUUUACAAUUGAACUUUGAUGAAGUUUUUAAAGAAGCCAAAGAGAAAAGAAUUUUCAUUUUAAUAGCUGAAGAAGGUGAAGGAAAGACGACAACAUUUGAACAAUUUUCAUUAAGAAUAAAAAGUCAAAAUCCAACUUGGUGGGUUACUUACAUUGAUUUGAUUGAUCUAGAAGAACAAUAUCUAACAUAUAAGACUCAUGAAGACAUUGUCCAAUUUUUUGAAGAAAAUAUUAUCAAUGAAAGUAUUCUAGAUGAAUUUGAACGGAAAGUUUUUAAUGAAUCUGUAAAAUCUGGAAAUACUGUAUUAUUGUGGGAUGGUCUUGACGAUAUAUCAAGUGAAUUUCGUUUCCAUUUUUUAUUGACUAUUGAAAAAAAUUGGAUAGAAACUAAAACCAUUCAAUUUAUAUCAAUUAGACCAGAAAGAUUAGGUUCUUUAAUGUUUGAUGAUUCAAUGAGAUGUUACAUAUUCGUUCCUCUCGAUUUGACUGAGCAAGAAAACAUUUUGAGACAAUUUAUAACACAUUUCAAUGAUGAAAAAAUCACAAACAAUCAAAAAAUUGUUCACUCGAUAAACAAUGACUAUGUCUCCAAUAUGUUAAUAUUAAGAAUGGUUGGUGAGUUAAUGUCGAAAGAAAUUGAAAUUCUAGGCACAGAAACUUUGUAUGAAAUUUAUGACAAAUUUUUAAAGAUGAAGAUUGAUUUAGUUAUUGAAUCUAAAUUUAAUGAAACUAGCUGCAGCGUCAAGGCAGAAGAUUUGAAAAAAUUCUAUCAAAAAAUUGCAUUAAAAAUUAUUUCUAAAUCAUUUACAUUUAAUUUAAAUUCCAAAAAACUUAAUAUCAUGCAACAAGAUGUUCCUAAUCCAAUAACAAACAGUGAAAAGCACGAGAUUUUAAAUAUCAAAUCAUUAGGUAAUAACUCAAAUAAGUUCACAUUUGUUAAUAAAUUAUCUACUGAAUUUUUCAUAGCUCAAUACUUAAUUGAAAAUAUUUAUGAAUUGGAUGAGUCGGAUGAUUCAUCAAUAGAAGAAUUAGGUUUAAGAUUGCGAGUCUUUCGUAGAUCUUUAGAAUAUUCAAAAGUCAUAGAAUUUAUCGAAUCUUAUCUUAAUUCACAAAAUCAAGAGGUAGAAGUACAAAAGUUUAACUCCAGAAUCUCUAAACUUUUAAGGACAAAAUUUAAAAGGAUUUUUGUCAGUUUCUUAAAUGAAAAUAAAACGGAACUAAUGCCUUUUUUGAUGAAUUUCUUCUCUAAAGAUCACGAUUUACUUAUUGACUUGCUUCAGAUCAAUCAAAACAAAACUUUUUAUACAGAAUUAUUUAACUUUGCUCAUUCCAAGCCUUACCAAAGUUUUUAUUAUUUUGAAAUGAAUCUUGAAGAAAUAAGAAGCUCAGCAAGAAGUCAUUUAAAUGAUUCUGAAUAUGAAAAAUUCAUUCAUGGACAUAAUCAAAAAGGAAUCAUGUUGUUUAGUUUGUAUUGUUAUUACAUGAAAGAAAGUAGCUUGCUGGAACACGAUCCUAAUGGGGAUGCUGCUCUGAUAAAUACUGACUAUUCAUUAGAGAAGAAAUAUUUAAAGAGUCAUAAGCCACAUAAAGUUUUUAAGUCAAUAGCUAAGAACUUGACAGAUGAUGAAUAUAAAGAGCUUAUAACAUCAAAAACCAUUUUAAGACCAAUAUUAGUGAAAAAUAAAAAGAUUAAAAUUUUCGAUCAAAACAUGAUGAGUAAAAUUGAAGAAAUACUCACAAUUCAGGAACAAAAACAAUGGCUUGAAGAUGUUAUUGAAAUCAUUUCUCUUACUUCUGACAAAACUUUAAAAGAAAUUUUCUUAAAUAAAUUCCAAGACAUUUUCUCAGAUUCGGAAAUUGCAAAAAUCUUUCAAGAUCACAACAUAUUACAAAUAACAGCUUACUAUGAUUUGAGAGAUAAAAACUUUAAUGUUUUUUGGAAUUUUUAUGUUAAUCAUACUACAAAAGAGGAACAAAUAUUGAUUUUAAAACAAAAUGUUGAAGUUCAAUGCACAGACUAUUUUUCAUUUAAAAAUAACAUAGAUAUCGAAUAUGCAAAAGAUGAAUGUUUAUUUUUUCUUCGAUUGAAUGUCUUUCAAUAUGCUUUACUGACUACAAAAUAUGAUAAAGUUGAGAAUGUUUAUUUUGAUUAUUUUAAUUCAACAGAAAUUCAAGACAUAAUCACGAGUUCUGAUGAUUUUUUGCCAUAUAUGUUGAAAAUGAAUAACUUAAAAAGUAUAGAUAACUUUAAAUUUUUUCAGAAUCUUAGAAAUUACUUUACAAAGAAUGAAAAUUAUCUGAAAAAAUACUUGAUAAAAAGUAGAGAAAUUUUGAGUGAAUUUAAGGACAAUGAAGACCAAAUAGAACAUUUGUCCAUAAUUAUUGACAAUAUGAAUCUAUAUAAUCAGAUCUUAAACACUUUUUACAUUCCUUAAUUAUUCUCAUAAUGUUCAUUUUAAAAAAAAUCUUCGAAAUAUUUAUUUUCGUCUGAGACACAAAGCAUCAUCAACAACUUAGCGGUUCUAAAUACCUCACAAAUUGCAACAACAACAAAAAAAGAAUUCUUUUAUGUUAGCAGCAAAAAUGCGAGAAAGAGACAGAAAAGAAGAACAGAUCUGUGAAGAUGAAGUAAUGCAUGAAAAGAAUAAAAAAAAGUUAUAAAAAAUG